AUGCGUCUUGUCUCCAGUUCUACCCUGUCAUGGCUGGUAGGCGGGCUCGCCGUGUUGCCCAAUGCAUUCAGCGCACCUGUCCUCCCAAAACGAGCAAGCAAUAUCCAGCUGGGCCUGAGUGCGGACUUUCCUGAUCCAUCUAUCGUGGGGACUUCUGAUGGCAAAUGGUAUGCCUUUGGGACCAACGGGACGGGGCGAAGAAUCCAAGUUGCGGAGUCCCACGAUUUCAAUUCCUGGACUCUUUUGGAUCUGGAUGCUUUGCCGACAUUUGCACCGUGGGAGACAGGGAAUGAUAAUUACGCCCCAGACGUCAUUCAGCGUAAAGAUGGGAAGUUCGUGAUGUACUAUUCUGGAGAAGCCAAAAGCGACCUCCGACAUCACUGCGUUGGCACCGCCAUAUCAGACAAGCCCGCCGGGCCCUAUAUUCCCAGCAUCACACCCUUGGCUUGCCCUUUAGAUCAAGGAGGCGCCAUCGAUCCAGCCGGGUUUAUAGACACCGACAGUACGCGCUACGUUGUUUAUAAAGUCGACGGGAACAGCAUUGGCCAUGGCGGCACCAGCCUGGUUGAAUGCAAUAAUUCCAUUGAGCCAUUAGUUGCCACGCCUAUCAUGCUACAGAAGGUCCUAGAAGACGGCAUUACUCCCAUCGGCAACCCCGUCCAGAUUCUGGACCGCAAUACCGCAGAUGGCGAUGGCCCUCUGGUGGAGGCGCCUAACCUCAUCUUCCAUGACGGCAUUUACUUCCUGUUCUACUCCACCCAUUGCUACACGGAUACUGCAUAUGAUGUCCGGUAUGCGACAUCUUCUAGUGUUGCAGGGCCUUAUACCAAGAACAAUUUGGAGUUGGUGAAGACUGGCGACUUUGGUUUGAACUCUCCUGGAGGUGCGACAGUCUGCGGGUGUGGAGACCGGAUGGUUCUACAUGGCUGGUGCAAUAACCACUCGGAGAGAUGCAUGUAUCAUGCUCAACUAACACUUAGUGGGAAGAGGGCCAUGCUGGUUUGA